AGUCUUGCCAAAAAAAAAGAGGGGGGAGGUAAGUAAUUAUUUAGGGGCAAGAAAGAAAGACAAAGUUGUCGACCGUGCAAUGCACACGGGGAGGGAUUUUAUUUAUCUCGAGCGACUCGUUUCGACCAGCACCGGUCUGCCGGGACGCAACUGUACCGGCGCACUACUUUCCUUCUCUCUCCACUAACUUCUCCGCUGCUCUCUCGAACCGAGUCCCGGACCGGACUUUUUGUUCCUUUUGAGAAGAAAAAAAAACGGGAAUGAUAAAAGCAGCCGAGCACAGGCGGACGGACGGACGGGACCGAGGAGACUAGCGAGGAGAGAGAGAGAGAGACCUGCGUGUGUUUUCUGUCGAUUAAACUCCACCACGCUUAUUUUAGUUUUUUUUUGUCCACCCCCACGAGCACGUUUUCGCCCCCGAGAUGAAUGGCAGAAGUCGGGUGAGUCAACUCUCUGUGCACAACCGGAUUUAUCCUUCUCGUCUACACUGGACCCACAUGAAGUGGUGAUAACUGUUAGCCUGCAUCCCGCUGCACCUUCCAGCGGCUUUGUGCUUUUAAAAACAACCCCAAAAAAAAGAGGACAUUCAAACGGGAGAGAUACCCCUCCGCCCCCCCCCUACACACACACACACACACACACACACACACCGCACUGGAUCACCAAGAUAUCAAACCGACUUUCCUCACGCGCAUUUCAGACAGUUUAACUAAGAGAGGAGAUGCAGAUGUGGGGCCACAUGAGGGUCCACAAAGGAGGCCCUCUACGACCAUAGGUCACGCCGAAGUGUCCUGGAUGUAUGUUUCUCCUGCUUCCUGGCUGGAUUGACUUGAACUCUUAUUGUCUUACAGUCCAAUGGAUUCUUCACCACAGCCUCCAUGUGCCAGUGGAUUGUCCACAUGAAGGCAAACCAGAUGACUCCAUAGGACUUAAGUCAUGUAACCUCCCUGAGAUGUCUUAAAAGUCUUAUUUAUCUGUUUUGUAUUUAUUGAGUGUAUAUAAGGGUCCGUUUUUUUCUUUUUCUUCUUCUUCUUUUUUUUUUUACGGUUUCAAGGGCAGUUUUUAAUCGGUUGAAAGCUUCCACUUCAUCUGACUAGAUUUACUUGCACAUUGUUGUUCUGCUGUGUAUAUCUACCCACACUGUAUUCAAGCACAUUAAUCUUUAAUUUAAAGGGGGGGGGGGGGGGGUGUGGGGGUGGGGGGGGACUAUAGGACUUGACUUUGCCCAAACAGGUAUAAACACGAGAAGGCUUCGUCAUGGACAGGCCGAUAAGCAAGUUACUGGGGAAGUUAAAGCUAACGGACUCGGGCAGUGUGAAAUUCAACAGUUCAAAGAAAAAACAUGACUCCGCCAGCAACUCCAAUAACAGCAACGCCAACACUGGCAUCUCCGGAGGCGGCGGUGGGGGCAGCGGUCUGCCACUGGCUCCCAGCUCUGCAGCCUCACCCUCAAAGCCCGGCCCGUUCUCGCUUCCCUCUGCAACCACAAGCGAUGCAUGUGUUCCAGCGAGUGGGAGAGGAGGAGGAGGAGGAGGAGGAGGAGGAGGAGGAGGAGGAGGAGGAGGGGGGAUGGGAAUGCCUCCAUCUCAGCUCGUCACCCCACCGCCGUCUUCCUCCUCGGUGGGUGCCAUACCCCAAGAUGGCGAGCAACCACUUCACCCUUCCACCUUGGCACCGCUGAGGCGUCGCUCCCCCCAGCAGCGAGCUUCCUGUUACCUCGGCGAAGGCGUGGAUUUCCACCUGAGGCGCGAGUCCGGCCUGGGCCCAGAGUGUGACCCCCAGGGAGCGUUUGGCUCCAAGGCGUCCCUCAAUCAGCGGCGCUACUCCUUGGAGCUCCAGCAGCUGGUCAGGCGACAGCAGCUCCUCUCUCAGCCGCCGCCGCUCUCUGUUCCCCCCCCGUACCCUGCCUCCACGGGCUAUGGGUCAGCUCCUAGAGGUGGCCUGGCAGAGCCAGGCUACCUCUCUGAGCACGAGAGGCACAAACGCCUCUCUCUGCAGGAGGCGCUGUUCUACAAACGCCUGAGCACGGGCAGUGAACUGUGGGAGAUCACCAGGCCCGCGUCCCUCUCUCAUCCACCGCAUCGCACAUCGGAUGUGACUGGAGGAGGCGUAGGAGGCUUCUUUUAUCCCCCGGGACCUACCCUGAGCCCAUGCUCGUCAUUCAGCCUCCAGGAGUCGGUGCUGGUCAGCCCCAGGUCCAGCUUCGCCUCCAGCACGGCCAGCGGCGGCGGAGGGAGCCCCAUGGGGAGCCGCUGCAGCAGCAACCGGACCAGUGGCAUCAGCCUGGGCUAUGACUCUCGCUACUCGGCCUCUGGAGGCCUCCCCCCACAGCAGCAGUGCCCCUCCAUGCAGACGGGGGGCUCUGUGUCUGGUUAUGGAGCUUCAGGCAGGGCUGGGGUGACCCCUGUGGAGGCCUGGACUCAGUACUUGGAGGGAGGGAUGCGUCCGGGGGCACAAGAUAGCCGACACUCUUACCCACCUGCUGUUGGAAGUCCGGGGGCGGCGUGCUACCAGGCUGGCCCAGAGUGGUGGGUGGAGCAGCAGGCGGGAGUGAGAGGCAAAGACGGGGUCGUGAUGGGAGACAGGACCAGGUAUUCGGACCUGCCGGGCACCCGCUACCAGGAAGAGCUCACCCGACUUCUACUGAGAGAUGCUGCGCUGGCAGGUGGGGGGCUCCUGGAGGGCCUGAUUCUGAAAGAUCAGUCUCUGGCCAUCACGGCUCUCUCCAAGCCGAGCACAAUAACACUGGGGGCUUGCUUAGCUGGAGGGCCGGUCAAACCUCAGGAGGAUCCAGCAGUCGGAGCUGGGAGGGAGGGCGUGGAGAACCGGCAGGAGUUCUUUGGAACCUGUGUAAAGUGUGGGAAAGGCGUGUACGGGGCGGAUAACGCCUGCCAGGCUCAGGACAGCCUCUAUCACACGCGCUGCUUCACCUGCGUGUCCUGUGGACGCACGCUGAGAAACAAGGACUUCUACAAUGUCAGCGGCUCUGUGUACUGUAAAGAGGAUUACAUGUUUUCAGGAUUCCAGGCUGCCGCUGAGAAGUGUAGUGUGUGUGGCCACCUUAUCCUCGAACAGAUCCUGCAGGCUCUGGGGAACUCGUACCAUCCCGGCUGUUUCCGCUGCGUGGUCUGCUCCAAGGCUCUGGAUGGGGUGCCGUUCACCGUGGACCACCACAGCAACGUCUACUGCGUGGCGGACUACAACAAGACUUUCGCCCCGAAGUGCGCCGCCUGUUUACAGCCCAUCUUACCGACCGAGGGCAGCGAAGAGAUCCUCAGGGUCGUGUCUAUGAACAAGGACUAUCACUUUGAGUGCUACCACUGCGAGGAGUGUGGUAAGCAGCUCUCCGAUAAGCCCGGCUCGCAGUGCUUCCCUCUGGACUCUCAUCUCCUCUGCCACUCCUGUCACAUGAGCAGAGCGUGCCCCACACACAACAUUCCCCCUCACAACACACACUGAUGAUCAGCGCCUGUGGAUGAUUCGUUUGUUUUUAUUAAAAAGCUGGUCUUAACGUGCCGUCAUUCUCAAAUUUGCUUUAGCUCAGUUAUACGAUGAAACUGCUGAUAUUCAGACAUUUCCACUGAUUCACUUCAGUCCCCUUUUGUCACAUGUACUGCCUGCUGUACUUGUACUAUUACUGUACCAUAGUUAUAAGGGAACGGGAAAGAAACUACUGCUUUUUUUUUAACCCCAAUGUGGCUACUGUUUGCUGUAGAAGAACAAGGGAUUUUGCUAAACUGUUUUGUACAUAUAUUAUCGCAAGCAAACAUUUUGCACUUAAAUUUGACUUUACUGUAAGAGAUUUGUUAUGUGAAUCUGUACAAUUUGGGGAAAAAAACAUUACUGUAAUUUCUGUAUGUUGUAAUAAAUAUUUUCAUUUGUGUUGA